CUCAUGGCGUGGAUAUCGCUCCGCCAUACCUUCCUACGGCUCUUAUGCUUAAAGUAUGCAGCAAUGUGCGCAAGCCUCAUGAGAUAACACGACUGUUCCACAUACCCAGUUGCCAUGACAAUUCCACUUUUCUUUUAACAUUUCUAGCUGGAUCUGGUCCAAUAAAGGUCCUUAUCUGAAACAGUAGGAUUCCCGAGUGACGUUGCAUUUCGGCCUCUUCCGCGGCGAUAUCUUUCCACGGAUGCCACAAACUGUCUCAGCCUUACUGGAACUCAUUUCCGCUUAGGGAAUAUAUUGAUGUCACAGACUUCGGCUAAGACCGAGGAUUCAAGCCCGACAUAUGUUUAUUAUGUGGACCACGCCUUUCGAAUGGCGGAUGUGUAUCGCGAUCAGUUCAAUUAUCUUUCAGACUCCCGUGGCUAUCAUCAUGCUGUUGCAGACCUUUGGAAUAGGACCAGAUACAGUGGGAAAGGAUGGAUCGAGAGACUCAACUACAUGCCCCCAAAAUGAUCGGCAAACCUCGAGACAUCUUAGCAUGACAGGACCCCUACUAGGAAACUCCAUAUCGCCCAAUCGGCGACGAGCGCUCUUUGAGACAACUAAACGAGUACUCGCCAGUGCGAUAAACGAUGGGAUAGCCUGCGCAACCCUUGAGUCAUGUAACAGCACCAGUCUGUUGUUGUGCUUACGCAGUCCCGGAGGAGCCAUGGCCAGUGAUGAAGACGCUUGGAUCAUGUGCGGUAUGCGAGCUGACGCAUAUACCGAAACAGACGGUGGCAGGUUUCUUGGGUUUGUGCGGGCGGACGAUCUCCUGGAGCCUGUGCUAAGCCGGAACCUCAACGGCGAGAUAUCAGAGGAGCUUGACCCUGGUGUGAUUUGUCGCGUUAUCUGCCGCUGGCGUUCUCGCCAAGAUGAAGAACACGCGGUAGAGACGCUUGUAAAGGAGUUAACCUUAUCGAAGUUACACCGAGCCUGCCUUGCCCAGUCACCCCUAGAUCCCAUCAUGCCCGAUGAUAUCCCUUAUCUACUAGAGCCCGAACUAUCAUUCCUCUGCGUUCCGAAGUCAGACAUGAAAGUCUUCGGACCAUUCCAGUCACUUCUGGACCCACUCUUAACGUCUCUUGGGAUUCCCAAGCCUGAUGAUACAAUCAAUGAGAUCGUCAUACCGUGUUUCAGUCGCCAACUCCCAGCUAUCACGCCACUAUUCCCGAAAGCACGCAUUCUGAGGGCUGUCCAAAACCGUUGCCGAGCACAACUCUCCAUGCGGACUGUCUCUAUGAUGCCAGACGUAGGCGGCUCCCCGUUGCACCUGAAGCUAUCACUGAAAUGUCAGAUCACAUCUCGUCUGAGGACCAUAUCCCCCGAUGCUGCAGCUUUGGCACCCGCAGUGGGGAAGAUUCUUCAAAGUUUACUUCCCCAGGAUUUAUGGAUAUUUGAAGAAGCAGCUUCCGUUACAGGUGCCCAGGAAGACUUCGAUAAAGCCUGCCAAUUAACAUGCAUUAUUAGAAAGAGCCCAGAAAAACGAGCGGCGGACAUCGGGGAGACACUCAUCCCCGUUGCGGGACUAUUGCGGAGACCUUUCAACGAUGAUCGAACGUACAUGGAGAUUAUAUUUGGUCUUGAUGACUUGAAGGGAAAACAAGCCUGGUUCAGAAAAUACCUCACCAAAUUGUUCUCCCUCAUUUUCCCCCCUAUGAUCCGCCACGGAAUCUACUUCGAAGCUCAUAGCCAAAAUAUCCUCGUCCGCGUGAACCUCACAAGCAAGGAGAUAAGCGGGUUCGCGCUUCGCGACUUUGACGGAAUCGGAAUCCAUUAUCCUACGUUUCUUCGCCAUCCCAACAACAAGAAUGCCCUCAAAGAAAUACCUCCCGGUGCACGUACUCUUACUAAUAACUUACCUAGAAUGUGGCAGUUGGUGCAUCAUGCCCUUCUCCAGGUACAUGUGGGUCACCUCUUAUACAUGUUGGGAUUAGAAUCGAAGGGCGGAUGGCGUAUUGUGCGUGAAGAACUCGAGAGGGCGCUGAACCCUUCCGGAGAUCCAGAUGGUCGGGCAUUGUAUGACUACUGGUUAAAAGAGACGAUGUUGUCUAAGUGUUUUCUGGAGAUGCGGUUGCGGGAUGCGUAUGCGAAGAAAUAUGAGAGGGAAAUGCCGAAUAUUCUCCUCCGCGACGUUUGA